AUGGGGACACUCAUCCCCCACUUCCGAGGGCUGGAUGGUACCCAGCGUGGGGCCUGCCCGGGCAGCUGCCGGGAAUGUGUGGUGAACGGGCUGCUCUUCUCCAGCCGGACUGGGGGGCCUGACCCCAGCUCCUGCCACUGCCUUCCCAUCCACUUCCCGGACGUGGAGCGGGUCGAGUGGGCCAACAAGAUCAUCUCCCAGAUCUGGCCCUACCUGAGCUUAAUUAUGGAAAGCAAGGUCCGGGAGAAACUCGAGCCCAAGAUCCGGGAGAAGAGCGUCCACCUGAGGACCUUCACCUUCACCAAGCUCGACUUCGGACGGAAGUGCCCCAGGGUCAACGGGGUCCAGGCGCACACCAGCAAGCACAACCGGAGGCAGGUGGUCCUGGACCUGCAGAUCUGCUACAUCGGGGACUGCGAGAUCAGCGUGGAGCUGCAGAAGAUCCAGGCUGGUGUGAACGGGAUCCAGUUGCAGGGCACGCUGCGGGUCAUCCUGGACCCCCUCCUGGUGGACAAGCCCUUCGUGGGAGCCGUGACUGUGUUCUUCCUUCAGAAGCCGCACCUGCAGAUCAACUGGACAGGCCUGACCAACCUGCUGGACGCGCCGGGAAUCAAUGAGAUGUCAGACAGCCUGCUGGAGGACCUCAUCGCCGCCCACCUGGUGCUGCCCAACCGCGUGACUGUGCCCGUGAAGAAGGGCUUGGAUGUGACCAACCUGCGCUUCCCUCUGCCCUGCGGGGUGAUCAGAGUCCACUUGCUGGAGGCGGAGAAGCUGGCCCAGAUGGACCACUUCCUGGGGAUCCGAGGCAAGUCAGACCCCUACGCCAAGGUGAGCAUCGGCCUGCAGCACUUCCGCAGCAAGACCGUCUACAAGAACCUGAACCCCACCUGGAACGAGGUGUUUGAGUUCUUAGUGUACGAAGUCCCUGGCCAGGACCUGGAGGUGGACCUGUAUGACGAGGAUCCUGACAGGGACGACUUCCUGGGCAGCCUGCAGAUCUGCCUUGGGGAUGUCAUGACCAACAGAGUGGUGGAUGAGUGGUUUGUCCUGAAUGACACAACCAGUGGGCGGCUGCACCUGCGGCUGGAGUGGCUUUCACUGAUCGCUGACCCUGAGGCUCUGACUGAGGACCACGCUGGCCUUUCCACUGCCAUCCUUGUGGUCUUCUUGGACAGCGCCUGCAACCUGCCGAGAAACCCUUUUGACUACCUGAAUGGUGAAUAUCGAGCCAAAAAACUCUCCAGAUUUGCCAAGAAUAAGGUGAGCAGAGACCCUUCUUCCUAUGUCAAGCUAUCUGUAGGCAAGAAGACAUAUGUGAGCAAGACCUGUCCCCGCAGCAAGGACCCUGUGUGGAGCCAGGUGUUCUCCUUCUUUGUGUGCAAUGUGGCAUCUGAGCAGCUGCGUCUCAAGGUCCUGGAUGACGACCAGGAGUGUGCUCUGGGAGUGCUGGAGUUACCCCUGUGCCAGAUCCUCCCCUAUGCAGACCUGACCCUCGAGCAGCGCUUCCAGCUGGACCACUCGGGCCUGGACAGCCUCAUCUCCAUGAGGCUGGUGCUUCGGUUCCUACGUGUGGAAGAACGAGAGGUGGGGAGCCCAUACACAGGACCUGAAGCCCUAAAGAAAGGCCCUCUGUUCAUUAAGAAGGUGGCCACCGAUCAAGGUCCCAAAGAUCCACCCCAGGGAGAGGGUCCUUCAGACUUGCCCUGCCCCCCAGACCCUGCUUCUGGUACCAAGGAAGCCUCCAAGAGCACCAUGACAGCCACCAGUGCCACCACUGCUGCCACCGAGCCCACACCCCAAGCGACAGGCCCAGAGCCGAAAGGCAAGGACAGUGCCAAAGGUUUCUGUGAGCCCAUGGGGGAGAAGAAGAGUUCGACCUCCAUCUUCCUGACUGUCCCAGGCCCCCACUCUCCAGGGCCCAUCAAGUCACCCAGACCCAUGAAAUGCCUUGCCUCCCCAUUCGCAUGGCCACCCGCGAGGCUGGCUCCCAGCAUGUCCUCGCUCAACUCCCUGGCCACCUCCUGCUUUGACCUGACAGAUAUCAGCCUCACCAUUGAGGGCAGGGAUUUCAGGCCGCGGAGGCUGGGCGAGAUUCAGCUCACAGUGCGUUAUGUGUGUCUGCGGCGCUGCCUCAGCGUGCUAAUCAACGGCUGCAGAAACCUGACACGCUGUACCAGCAGUGGAGUUGAUCCUUAUGUCCGUAUCUACUUGUUGCCAGAAAGGAGGUGGGCAAGUCGUAAGAAGACCUCAGUGAAGCGGAAGACCGUGGAACCCUGGUUCGAUGAGACAUUUGAAUUUUUUGUUCCCUUGGAAGAAGUACAGAAGAGGUCACUAGACGUUGCAGUGAAAAACAGUAGGCCACUUGGCUCACACAGAAGGAAGGAGCUAGGAAAAGUGCUGAUUGAUUUAUCAAAAGAAGAUCUGAUUAUGGGCUUCUCACAAUGGUAUGAGCUCACUCCAGAUGGACAGCCCAGAAGUUGAUGAAGAGCAACAUAAUCACCUUUAUAUUAAAAUGUGUAUAUAUGUAUAGUUUGUAAUUUAAUUCAGAACAACCAUUUGAAAAUAUAUAUACAUACAUUCUUGUGUGAAUUUAACUGGAUAGUAUUAGAAAGAGGUAAACAUAAGUAAAAGCCAGAA